AUGGCUGCACUCACAGUGAAGGGUGGAAAUGACCAGUCCGGAGAGAACAACGCUGGGGGUGGUUGGAGGUGGAAAGGUGAGGAGAGUUGGGAUGGGAAAAGCAACCAAAGUUCGGACGGGAUCACUCAGGGAGAUCACAGCCUCCAGAAAGUCUCCGGCACAGAAUCAGUGCACAGCGUCAGUAUCCGAGAAUGCCUCAUGGGGUUUGACUAUUGA